AUGGCAAUUGAAGAAGGUCGUUUUAGGUGGAUACAUAACAAUCAAGAACAGUUACAAACUGACUUAUAUUGUGGAUUAAUGAAUGUUGUACACCAUGGAGAAACUGAUGGUAUUUAUACUAUCGAGUUCCAAAAGAGAGGCUUUCCGCAUGCGCAUAUAUUAUUAUUUUUGGAUUCCAAAUCCAAAAACCCGUCGGGUGAGCAUAUUGAUAGAGUCAUUACCAUAGAGAUUCCAAAUACAAAUGUUGAUCCUGAUGGUUUUAACGUCUUGAACAAAUUUAUGAUUCAUGGUCCAUGUGGAGAUAUCUAUUCAUCAUCCCCAUGUAUGGUGCAAGAUAUAUGUUCAAAAAGUUUCCCUAAGAAAUUUAUUGGACAAACAUCAAUCGACUCAUAUGGAUAUCCAGUAUACAGGAGAAGAGAUACAGGUGCUUGUGUUACCAAAAAAAACCAUCAAUUAGACAACAAGUACGUUGUUCCUCACAACAGAAAUUUGAUUGUGAGAGCAACUGCUACAUUUCACUCGAUAUGGUUUGAGACAAACAAAAAAUAUGAAGAUGCUCGACAACUGAGUUAUUCAUCAUUCCCAACGGAAUGGGUUUGGAAUUCUUUGGACAAGGUGUGGACUAGACGCAAAAAGGGCAUUUCAAUCGGUAGGAUGUACUUCACCUAUUCAUCUGCUGGGGAAGGAUUUUACAUGUGUAUGCUAUUAAACUUUGUCAAAGGAUGCACUUCAUUUGAAGACAUACGCACAAUAGAUGGAUAUAUGCAUCCUACUUACAAGGGAGCAUGUUAUGCACACAGAUUGUUAGAUGAUGAUAGUGAAUGGAUUGAUUGUUUGGAAGAAGCAUCAAAUUGGGCUAUUGGAUACGAGUUACAACAUUUUUUUGUUACAAUCCUCACCCAUUGUCAAGUUUCAGACGCUCUUCGUUUAUGGAAUACAUAUUAUGAAAUACUCUCCGAAGAUAUAACUAUCAUGCAGCGACGGUUCAAGGUCAACAACUUGAAAUUGACUGCCUUAGAAAUUGAAGCAUAUACUUUGUUCGAAAUAGAGUCAAUCAUGGAGAAAAUGGGGAAGAGUUUGAAAGAAAUUAAUGGAAUGCCACUUCCAAAUCAACAAUUACUACUCGAGUUACAAAAUAGGUUGGUAAAUGAAGAACUCGACCACAAUCGUGAAGAUUUAAGAGUUGUUCAUGAUACCAAUUUCCCAUUGCUCAACCAAUGUCAAAGCGAGGCUUAUGAAGCUAUUAUGGAUUAUGGUUACGAAGGUCGUGGUCACUUGAUAUUUUACCAUGGUCGUGGUGUAACAGGAAAAACAUUCCUUUGGAAAACAAUUGUUGCAAGACUUAGAUCUGAGGGAAAAAUCGUAUUACCUAUAGCCUUAUCAGGUAUCGCAGCAUUGUUAUUGCUAAAUGGGAGGACUUCUCAUUCUAGAUUCCGUAUACCUUUAGAUGUAACUGCAGAAUCAACAUGUGAGAUCAGUCAUGGCACACAAUUAGCUGAAUUGCUUCAAAAAAAAACUUUUUUGAUUAUUUGGGAUGAGGCUCCUAUGGCACACAGAUAUUGCCUUGAAGCUUUAGACAAGAGUCUACGCGACAUACUGAGCACCCGUUAUGAAGAUAGCAAAUCAAGGCCAUUUGGUGGUCUAACGGUCGUUUGGGGUAGUAAUUUUCGUCAAAUCUUGCCAGUCAUUCCAAGAGGCGAUGGAUCGUAUUUUGAUAAUUUUGAGGAUGAAAUGCUUAAGCUUCCUUCAGACAUUUGUUUAGAACAAUUUGAGCACCCGAUACUAUCCAUACUUGAAGCAGUUUAUCCCUCACUAUUGGAUAAUUAUAAAGAUCCUUCGUAUAUUACAGAAAGAGCUAUUUUAACUCCAAAAAAUGAUAUGGUGCAAGAAUUAAAUGAAUGCAUCAUGGAUAUAAUAUCGGGAGAAGGAAGGACAUACCUUAGUUCUGACAAUGUUUGCAAAGGCAAUGUGCAAUCUAAUGAUGAAGACCUUCUUUAUUCAACUGAAUUACUAAAUAGUUUGAGAUUUAGUGGGAUACCAAAUCAUGACAUUCAUCUUAAGGUUGGUGCUCCAGUUAUGCUUUUGCGUAACAUUAAUCAAAUAGAAGGGUUGUGCAAUGGAACACGAUUGAUUGUCACAUUACUUGGGAAAUGGUCUGUUAGAGGAGAUAUAAUUUCUGGAAGUCAUACAGUGUCUCGAGUUACAUCACGUGAAAGGCUAACCAUAGUUAAUGUUGAUGAAGAAAUUGAGGAUCAUAACAUGAUAAAAAAAUAUAGCUUAUCAUGA